AACAGUGGUCAGCUGACUACGCGGGAGGAAACACACCCCUGUAACCACCACAGCCUCCGUUGCAGGCACGGUGCGAUACGCUUAGGCUGGCUCAGGGAUGCGCCAGUGAGGGAUGAUCAGUCCCUGGAGAUCGAAACUAAGCUGAGAGACAUGAGUGAACGUGACUACAGUCCGCUGAGCUCUGCCUGUGUGCGGGCGCUCAGCGAUAAAGUGUAUGACAAGCGGAAGGCGGCGGCGCUGGAAAUAGAGAAGAUGGUGAAGGACUUCUCAGCCAGCAACAAGCAGGAUCAGAUCGGCCGGCUGAUCCGUGUGUUGGAAGAGUUUGCCAUGUCCCACAACCCCCACACCAGGAAGGGUGGCCUCAUUGGGCUGGCUGCUGUUGCUAUUGGUCUUGGCACGAAGAAUAUAGCCCCAUUCAUACAAGACCUGGUGAACCCCAUACUAGCCUGCUUCACGGACAGCACGCCCAAUGUGAGGUACUAUGCCACUGAGUCACUGUACAAUGUGGUGAGGGUGUCGCGUGGCACAGUACUCUCACAGUUCAAUGACAUUUUCACCAUUCUUGUUCGGCUGGCCACUGAUGCGGACCAGAAUGUCAAAAAUGGUUCAGAGAUGCUGGACCGGAUCAUGAAGGACAUUGUGACAGAAAGUGCUUCCUUUGACUUGGUGUCCUUCAUCCCAGUGCUGCGGGAAAAGCUGUAUGCUAACAACCACUGGGCACAAACACUGGUGGUGUCGUGGGUCUCAGUUCUCCACACUGUGCCAGAUGUCGACACCCUCUCCUUCCUCUCAGAGAUCUUGGAGGGCCUCUUCUUUAUACUGGAGGGACCCAAGCCAGAGGUCAAAAAGAUGUGUGAAGCAGUGGUGGGAGAGUUCCUGGUGAGCAUCAAGAAGGCACCUGAGAAGGUCAAGUUUGCCGAGAUGAUCAACAUAGUGAUUGCACAUGCCCAGUCCAGCGACCCGGUGGUGCAGAUGAUUGCACUCACCUGGAUUAAUGAGUUUGUGAAGCUGUCAGGACGGGUGAUGCUGCCACACACCUCGGGGAUCCUGACGGCCAUCCUGCCCUGCCUUGCCCUGGAUGAUCCCACUUAUGCAAAGACGAGAGGACUGGCUAAGGAGGUGAGCACUGGCCUAAUGAAACUCAUCACUGCCGAGGAUGAUAGGGAAGGACCAGAGGGAUCAGCUGAGACUCCUGAAGACCAACCACACCCUCCCAUAACCCCACAGACGCCCACUGCCUCUAGCGCCAUCACCAGUCCACACUCCUCAUCCGUAGGCACACCGGAUGAGGUUUACAAUGGGGCGCUGGACCUCGGUUCAGUGAUGGAGGUACUGCACAAACAGCUACGCAACACUCCUGUCCCCUGCAAGACAGCAGUGUUGCGCUGGAUCUAUCACCUGCACAACAAGAUACCCAACAAGAUGUGCCGGUACCUGGAGGAACUGUUCCCAGUGUUGCUGCGCACCCUGUCAGACCCCUCUGAUGAGGUGGUGCUGCUGGUGAUUGAGGUGCUGGCACAGAUUGCCUCCACCAGCAACCACAGUCCUGCACCUUCAUCCCUCAGUCCACCCACCACAGCCCCCACCACCACCAGCUCUACCACCACCACCACCAUCUCUGCAUCCUCCUCCAUCUCCUCCACCACUACUGUGCAAGGUGCACAGGAGGAGGGCAAGACCAAUGUUGAUGAGUACUUCACCAGGUUUCUACAGAAUCUCCUUCACCUUUUCACAACACAGAGAAACCUGCUGGAGGACAGAGGACCUCUGAUCAUCAGGCAGCUGUGUGUCAUGCUGAGUGCUGAGGAUAUUUACCGCACCUUAGCUGAGCUGCUGCAGGAGGAGGAAGACCUUAUCUUUGCCUCCAAGAUGGUGCAGACACUGUCCUCUAUCCUCUUGACUUCGAAGGAACUCUUCUCCCUCAGGAUACAGCUUAAGGAUCUCUCCACUCCAGAGAGCUGUGAGCUGUUUGUGAAGCUGUACCGGUCAUGGAGUCACAACCCAGUGGCCACCCUCACCCUGUGCCUCCUCACCCAGAACUACACCCAUGCCGCCACCCUCGUCCACGCCUUCGGGGACAUAGAGGUGACAGCUGACUUCCUGGUGGAGGUGGACAAGUUGGUGCAGCUGGUGGAGUCUCCCAUCUUCACUUACCUCCGGCUACAGCUGCUGGACCCUGUGGGACACUCAGCGCUGGUGGAGACCCUGUACGGUCUACUGAUGCUGCUGCCCCAGACCAAGGCCUUCACCAUGCUGCACGACCGCCUUGACUGUGUCCCCCCUGCCCACCUCCUCAAACACACCGACAACAAGCCAAAGCCUCGCCACCUUGUCUGUAACAUUGACUUUGGUGAACUGCUUACCCACUUCAACACCGUCCAGGAGAAGCAUCGUCAGUACAAGCACCAGAAGAUCAAACAGAAGCUGCAGUCCAAUGUUGAUCCCCUCACACGCCUUUGAUACACACACACACACAUACACACGCGUGCAUUUGCUCCCACAUACAUACCACUAUCAAGGGAGUUUGUGUAUGUCCUGCUGUGCUCUCAAAGGACAUGAAAAGUGGAAAAAUGGUGAUAUGAGUCUUGCAUUUACAGAGAAAAAAAGUUGAAAGGAUAGUAGGUCUUUUAACUCUGAAAGCAUGGAGGUUUUAAUUUAAGUUGUUGAGUCACAGAAACUGAAAUGUUAGAUGUUUUAAAAACUUUUCUAGGGUGAGGAUUCUGUUGUGCUCUGGAAAGUAAAAGUUGUGUCUUUAAGUCAUCAAGUCACAGAUCUUGAAAAGAUAGAGGAUUUUUAUUUUCAAAGAUUAAAGAUGAAAAAAAUGUGUUGUUUAGGUCCUCAGGUCACAGAAGUUGGUGUAUCAAGCACCCUGCUGCCCCAAGCACAACUGCACAACCUGCCAGCCCCUGAGGAUGUCCUGUGGCAGAUUUCCAUGCCACGCCAGGUCCAGGAGCACCUUGCAUGGGGAAUGGAAGGUUGGGGGAGGAGCUGGCACCACCUCCCCAAUCUGCAGGGUGAUGGCAUGUGGGGGGCUGCAGGGAGUGGAGGUGCAGGCAGCCAUCUUCAAGGCUGAUUCUUGCAUGUUGACUCUGUCCCUUCACAUUGUGGACAGCAAAAACAAAGCCAGCCUCCACCAUGUUCCUGGCAGGCUGUGCCAGGCUAAGUAGGUCCUUGGCUGUCAUGGGCAUUGCCAGUAGGGCCUGCAGCCUGUCUGCAAUGGAGGAGGCUACAGCCAUGGAUGCUGGGAGGCUGGAGGCCCCUGCAGCUGCAGCAGCAGUACCUACUGCCUCCCAUGCCACCUAUGUGGCAAUAACAGUGGUGGCAGCCUGUAGAGGUUCAUGGGCUGCCUCUGCCACCUUGGUGAUGGUGGUGAUGGUGUGGACAUUGGGAAACAUUCCCAGGCAAGUUCCCUGUUGUGUUGUGGCUGUGUACAGUGCUUGCAGUGCAGCAUGCAGCUGUUGCUCCCUCUGCUGCAUCCCCUCCUGCUUGCCCUCUACCCAGGACUCCUUAUGGCACACCAGCUCCUGGGCACUUGUGCUCUGGUCCAUCAGGGUCUGGAGCCUGUCUUCCACCUGCUGCUGGCAACUAUACCGGCCACUGAGGGUUGUGAGUCAGCCAACUGGCUCUGUUCCUGGCAGACAUGGACCUUUGCCUCUUGCUCCUGCAGUAGGGACUGUGCCUUCCUGCAGAGUCCUGAUGUUGCUUUUGGUGCAGGUUGUCACUCGUGGGGCUGUCUAUUCCCUGGCUUGGGUGGCAGAGAGGCCAAUCCUGCACCCCUCAGCCUCUUAACCAACCCUUCAAAAGCACAGCAGAUAGGGAACUGGCCCACCUUGGGCAUGGCAUUACUCUCCCAGCAUGUGACAGCACUCUGCUCCUUUAGUUAGGUUGUAACCUAUGUCUCUGUGAAGGUAAAAGUAAUGGCAGGUUUAAAUCUUGCAUGGCAUAAUUCAGUGUUGCACAUCCUCAGAAGGUCAAAAUGACUGUGCCACUUUGUUAUUUCCCAAUUUGCAAACACUGGGGAAUUACAGGCUGCCUCCCCGAUCUUGAGCAAUGUGAUAAGUUCAAAUAUUGAUAAAAAGAAAAUAUACAAAUAAACCACAUCUGAUUUGUUUUCCAUUAUUCAUUGAGCCUUUCAAAAUUAGGAGCACAGGACUACGUGCAAAGAUCAAUAAACACAUGGCAGAUGCAUUAAACCACUUAACUGAACAUUCAGGCUGAUAUGGUAGAUCUUGCAUUAACCUCCCAACUGUGAAUGCUCCCAUAAAAUUGCAUCACUAAACCUUUAUAAAAUGUUUGUACUCCAUAACAAGUCUGGCACAGUAGUUUCAUCACCUGAGGACUUGGAAACGCAAUCACUCAGCAUGCAUGUACUUACUUACAUGCCAAGAAGAGGUGAACAUAUUAUACUAAACAGUAUUGUAGUACCAGAGAACUUACAACUGCAGGAAGGAAACUAGAAGAAGGAGAGAUGAUACAAGAUGCACUGUAUAAACUUAAUUUAGCACCAUUCAGACAUCAGUAACUGUGACAACUUGAGCCACCAGUGCACCAAAAAACUUAUAACUACAGGAAGGAAACCAGAGAAAGGAUAGAUGAAACAAGAUACGCUUUAUAAACUUAAUUUAGCACCAUUCAAACAUCACUAGCUAUGACAACUUGAGCCACCAGUGCUGAGGUGCAAUUUUACGUGGCUUAGUCCUCUUCAGCUACUGGGAAAGGCUUGUGAUGAAGAUGAAGGUAGUCAAAUGUCAGUAAAGCAUGGGGAAAA